AUGGAUGAAGAUUUCGAGAUGCCGCCACCAGAGGGGAUGGAUGACAUGGAUAUGCCGGAAGCUAGUUCCUACAUGAAGGUUGGGGAGGAAAAGGAGAUCGGAAAUGAAGGAUUGAAGAAGAAGCUUGUCAAGGAAGGGGAAGGCUGGGAUACCCCCGAUAAUGGAGACGAAGUUGAAGUUCAUUAUACUGGAACCCUGCUAGAUGGUACUAAGUUUGACUCAAGUCGUGACAGGGAAACGCCAUUCAAGUUCACUCUUGGCCAAGGGCAAGUAAUCAAGGGAUGGGACCUAGGAAUCAAAACAAUGAAGAAGGGUGAAAAUGCCAUUUUCACCAUACCUCCUGAGUUGGCAUAUGGUGAAUCUGGUUCUCCUCCUACUAUUCCUCCAAAUGCCACUCUACAGUUUGAUGUUGAAUUGCUGACCUGGGUCAGUAUAAAAGACAUCUGCAAGGAUGGUGGACUAUUCAAAAAGAUUCUCACAGAGGGAGAGAAAUGGGAGAAUCCUAAGGAUCUUGAUGAAGUGCUUGUCAAAUAUGAGGCUCAAUUGGAAGAUGGUACUGUAAUUGCGAAAUCAGACAGAACUGAAUUCACUGUUGGAGAGGGUCACUUUUGUCCUGCUCUCGCCAAGGCUGUUAAGACGAUGAAGAAGGGUGAAAAGGUCCUCCUCACAGUCAAGCCACAAUAUGCAUUUGGCGAGAAGGGCAAACCAGCCUCUGAUGGUGCUGGAGCUGUCCCACCAAAUGCGACAUUGAACAUCACUCUGGAGCUGGAAUCAUGGAAGACAGUUUCCAAUGUCACAGAUGACAAGAAAGUUGUUAAGAAGACAUUGAAAGAAGGGGAGGGAUAUGACCGCCCAAAUGAAGGAGCUGUUGUGAAAUUGAAAUUGAUUGGAAAGCUAGAAGAUGGUACUGUCUUCAUUAAGAAAGGUCAUGGGGAAAAGGAAGACGAUCUUUUUGAAUUCAAGACAGAUGAAGAGCAAGUCAUAGAGGGGUUGGACAGGGCUGUAAUGGCAAUGAAGAAGGGAGAGGUAGCACUAGUGACAAUUACACCUGAGUAUGCUUUUGGUUCAUCCGAGUCGCAACAAGAGUUGGCUGUUGUUCCUCCAAACUCAACUUUGUACUAUGAUAUCGAGCUUAUCUCAUUUGAAAAGGAAAAGGAAUCUUGGGAUAUGAACACCCAAGAAAAGAUUGAGGCUGCCGGUAAGAAAAAGGAAGAAGGCAACGUGCUGUUCAAGGCCGGGAAAUAUGUGAGAGCCUCAAAGAGAUAUGAAAAGGCUGCCAAGUACAUUGAGUAUGACACCUCUUUCAGUGAGGAGGAAAAGAAACAGUCCAAAGCACUGAAGAUCACUUGCAACCUGAACAAUGCAGCUAGCAAAUUGAAACUGAAAGAUUAUAAGCAGGCAGAGAAGCUGUGUACAAAGGUGUUGGAACUCGAGAGUACAAACGUGAAGGCACUUUACAGAAGGGCUCAAGCAUACACGAACAUGGCCGAUCUGGAUUUGGCCAAAUUUGAUAUUAAGAAAGCUCUCGAAAUCGACCCUGACAACAGGGAUGUGAAGCUGGAGUACAAAGCUCUCAAGCAGAAGGAGAAGGAGUUCAAUAAGAAGGAUGCCCAAUUUUACGGGAACAUAUUUGCUAAGAUGAACAAGAUGCAGCCAUUUGAAUCUAAUAAAACAGAAAACGGCACAUAA